AUGACAGAUCAUAUAUCUGAGAUAUCCCCCUCGGAUGUUAAGGGUCCAUCCUAUCAGUACCCAUUCGCAGCAGCACCAGACAUAAUUCGAUCACAUCAAAAAGAUGCAUAUUUUGAAGGAGUUCUCCUGAAUCAUCUCUCAAAUCUCCUGCGCCGGUUGUAUGGAGCAAGAUUUCUUCACACAUAUACCAACGAAGCGCGAACAUUUUCAGAAUUACUCUAUCUCGGUCUCACAACCCUCAUUGGCAACCGGACAUUAGGAGAAGAGUACUGUGACAUUGUUCAGAUUGAAGACGAUACCCUAAGACUUCCCGACAUUUCUCGACGCGCAGGCUAUAUUUUGAGUUCAAUACUUCUUCCAUAUUCUCUUACCAAGAUCCUUCCAUCAUUUCGCACUCGCAUCCGUAACAAGCUCGAAGCCAACCUCCGCAAGCUUACCCGAAAAGCACAAGAAAAGUCAUACUCCUACAAAUUUCAGCAAUAUAUUCUCACCCAUCUCUCAACAAUCACGUCACCCUCACCCGUUCACGCCCUUACUCUCACCGUCUUUUAUUUCUCGGGGUCUUAUUACCAACUGUCAAAACGCCUGUUGGGACUUCGUUAUAUCUUUACAAAGCGCAUUGCUCCAUCGGAGCAACGUGUAGGAUAUGAAGUCUUGGGUGUACUUCUUCUCCUUCAAAUGAGCGUGCAAACCUACCUCCACCUAAAUAAUACCUUCUCCGCCGAUGUUCCUUCCACUGCGCCUGGAAGUUCCGCCAUUCUAUCUAAUGGCGUAGAAAUCUCCCUUGACUCCCCAUCUUCCCCUAGCGAUCUCCUCGCUUCAUCCUCAGCUAUAUCCCAUUCCUCCAGCUCUAUUGGCAAAACUACAAAUACACCUGUGCUUACAGGUGCACGAUAUGACCUGAGUGAUAAUAAGGUCAUGGGAUGGAUAAAGGGGGAGCAGAAUAGAAAAUGUACCUUGUGUUUAGAGGAACUGAAGGAUCCGAGUGUGUUGGGAUGUGGACAUGUAUUUUGUUGGAGCUGUAUUGGAGAUUGGGUCAGGGAGAAACCAGAAUGUCCUCUGUGUAGAAGAGAAGUUUUGAUUCAACACAUUCUCCCAUUGAGAGGAUGA